AUGAAUAGCUCAAGUCCACAGGUCGACUCAUAUUCUCGUGGUAGGAUAUCUGGAGGUAGUACACCUACUCCUAUCGGUCAGCCAGGAUUUGCACCCAUUGAUGGGUUAGGAGGAAAUUACCUCUAUGUAAAGCAGACCCCACAAAACUAUACAGAGAUGCAAACAAACUCAUCUCCAUACAGACAAGGACAUCUAAUUUCUCAAAAUAAAAACGCUCCUGAAGGGUAUAUUUGCGUUGGAAAGGUAUUGGACUCAGAGCACAAGUCGAUCCAGGUAUCCACUAAUAACCCAAAGAAAAAAGAUCUACCAAUGGACCGCUCGACUUGACCAAACAGUACUACACCUAUAGCGGGACUCCUUCAAAUUCAAAUGAAUUUCCUCCAUCUUUCAACCCAAGGAUUGCUUCUAAUAUGCCUGUUAGAGAAAAAGUUACGAAUUGGAUCCAAAAAGUACCAGCAGUUGACCACGGCGAGUUAGGUAAUUCGUUCGUUAAAUGCUAUCCUGGAGUUGCAUCUUCUUCAAGUGAAUCAGGUGAUGAAAUAGUGGAUAAUUCUGAAGUCCAGGAUAUCAUUGAGUUCCAAGCAAGAAGAAUAACUCACUAUGUGACUCAAAUUUACAAAAAUGAAGUGGAGACGAUAGCUCACUGUGAUCCUUCAGAUAAUGAAUACGAUCUACACCUUCCGCUGGAAGCUGAGGACCUAAUGCAUCUUGAGCAUUCAGUCGACAAUUAUUUAGAUGGGCUAGCUGGAAGAAGACUGGCUUCCCAGGAUCAUUCCUGGAAAGUAAACAUCAAGUAG